UUCAAAUGAUUGUAUCUGAUCAUAUAAAAGCUUGUGCCUUUGCUCUAGGGUUGGUGGUGGGGAGACAGGCUUUCUGAACUGGUCCAGAGCUCUCCCUCCAGCAGUGCUAACACUUUAGUAAAACAACUGGCCAAUGAGCAGGUGGUUUGGAUUGGGCUGAGUGACAGUACCACAGAAGGGUCGUGGCGCUGGCUGGAUGGCACUGCCUUGUCUCUAUCGAAACUACAUGUUUGCCACAGCACCUGCUCUUCCUCCCAGACCAGCUUCACUUAAUAAGCUUGACGAUGAUUACGACGAUGGUGGUAUGGUCAUUCCAAUGGCUCAGGCGAGUCAGUGGAAGAAAGAAGAGACACUGAAAACCUUGCCUGUGGAAGAAAGCAGAGACACUGACAACCAGAAAGCUCCUUCCUUCUCUGCGCCUGCACAAGCAAAAAUCCACUCAAGCCUGUGUAUAAUCAUUCUGUUUGUCCUGGUCAUCAUAUCCUUAGCGAUGUCAGUGGGAGUCCUUUCUUGGUUCCUGAUGAAGAACGUUACACCAUCAGAGGAACUGCAGGGCCUACAUCUGAACAACUCGGAAAUGCUCGCAAGAGUGAAGGAGGAUUUAGAUGAUUUAAAAGCAGCACAGAGCAUGCAUGAAAGAACAAUAAAGGACAGGUUCAGUGAACUGCAGGACAUGACAGUCUCGCUUUGUGAAAAAUCCAAUGUCAGUUCUCCAUGUCCUACCAAAUGGACAGCUGAAGGGAAGAUGUGUUAUUUCUUUUCCAAGCAGAAGUAUAACUGGAAUGAUGCUUUUUCAUACUGCACUAGUAGGAGAGCUCAUUUAGUCAGCAUUUGGUCUGAUGAAGAAGCGGCGUUUCUGAUCGCUAAUCUUGAUAAGUCCGCAAAAUACUGGUUGGGCUUGACAUACUUAGCAAAGGAAAAGAAGUGGCAAUGGAAAGAUGAUGAUCAGAGUCUAUCAAUAUCCUUUUGGAAUAAAGGCGAGCCACAGAAGGGUGGUAACAAGAACUGCGCUAUCAUGCACCCCAAUGGGACAUGGGCUUCUGCCAUGUGUUCCCUUCCUUAUCACUGGAUUUGUAAAAAGAGGCUGAUCUGCUGAAAUAUAGUGCUGGUCUGCUCAUGGAACAGGGCUGAAUACAAGCUGCUUUACUUGCUACUGACUCUUUGCCCUGCCCUGCCCUGCCCUGCCCCACCUUGGAAUGUGCUUCCACUGCUUCCUGAUAGCUAGAUAGAAAAUAAUACCAUUUCAUCACUGAACAGCCUUAUGUUCACAAGUGAAGUAUAAUCCAACACCAGCCCAUAAAAGAAUUCAUAGGCUGGUCAUGUGGCAGCUGAAACCAGCUGCUGCCCAUAUGUAGUCUCAGGGAACAUAUGCCCCAGCCCUCUCAUGCCUAGGAGGUCCCACAGUCACCCCUAUCAAAGACUUGAAUGGGGAAAAGCCUUGGAAACAGAGCCAAAGCACAGGAAAACGUCAGGUGAACAUUCCUGCAGACGGGUGCCCACAGAUGCUCUCCUCCCUGCAGGAGAAUAACAAUUUCACUGGGAUGAUUUUUAUCAAAGGCAUGGAGGGGAAGGGGUAACACUCAGCACUGUGCAGAAGCAUGUUCCCAAUACAGCUCCUGCCAUGUCCACAUGCUCUCUAAAUAAUAAAAAAUGUGGGUUUCUCUGUUGUGUGAGCCUAGCUGUACCAACAAAUCAUGGUUUGCUAACCACAAACAACCCACAGUUCACAACCCAACAAGAAGCUAUGGGUUCUCUUUCUGGGUUGUUCAGGAUUAACAAACAACAGUCUGUUAGCAUGGGUGAGUUCUCACUGCACAACAACCUACAACUUCACAUCAAGCCACACUCAACCUAUACUUUGGCUUGUCUUGUUGUGUCAACCCAGCCAUGCUUAACUGAAUCCACAUCACUAUAAGUAUGUGAUCAAUAGGAAGGAAGAGGGAGGUAACCUUGCUGUAGGGACAGUAGUCAUGGUGUAGAGACAUCAUAUUGAUUGUCUACCUCCACCUGCCUUUUAAUGGGGAAUAAACAUGGGAAAAAGGAAUUCCAAACUUAGCUCUAUUUUUUAAAGGAGGAAAAAUCCGCAAAAUAGAUUAUUUUCCUUAUAUUUUAAAAAGCUGAGUGGGUAUUCCUACUGAAUUGAUUGACUACAGAGUGCUCAGACUCUAAAACAGGGAAAAUUAAAAGGCCUCAUAGUGGAACAGGCAUGGCCCAGGGAAUUGUCACUAGUCAGAGGUGCCUCUGGCAUUACAUUUCAUGUGGCAAAUUCAAGGGCAAGGAAUAAAUUUAUUCAUGAAAGCCCCCCAGCAUAAAAUCUGCAGGUUUAGAUGCUGGGAAAAUGUAACCCCUUGCAAACGAAGUAUUAGCCCCAGAGAAUGGGUGCUUCCUAACCACGAGGCUCCUAGAACUCCUAACCAAAAGCCACUGUGCAGCCCCUUCAUUAUUCCCUCACUGAUAGAAUUUGUUCUAGUAAGCAGAAAAUUUGAAGGAAGUGGAGAGAAAACAUGGAGGACUACAAAUGGAAAAUAGCAACUUCUAGGAUCUCUCCCCUCCCCACACACACGCACACUAAAAGCCUCACCUGGGAACCACCCAAAGUCUAUUGAACCAGCUAGAGUGGAUGUUCUAGGUAAACAUGUGUAUCCUCUAAUGCCUUACUAAGAGGUAAGCACCUUUCAAAAGGCAAGCUUUAGGUUCGUCCCUUCAGGCGAGAGUUUCAUAUAUUUGUGUGAAAUGUUACCUAUAUUAAGCACUGUGAUUGUUUUUUCUUCCUUUCCCAUGCACACAUUUCUCCUGGAGGAGCAUGUCAGGGGAGUUCAGACUCUUGCCACACAGAAAUAAGAUAAUCACCACAGUCUGAUUACAGGAACUCUUUUAACUAUGCUCCUAUGCUUGGAAAAGUUGUCAGAAAUAUUACUGGGAGAAACAGAAGGGAAAGAAUGUAGUGCAAUACUAGAUCCUGCAUGUUCAUCAUGACCCCAAACACAGUGAACAAUCAAGAGAUGUCCACUGGAAGUUGAUGCAAAUAGAAGCAGUAAUUAGUGUUGAGAAAGUAAUUUUGUUGCAUUAAUCAGGGGUAUCAAACUUGCCUACACAGGUAGCAGCACUGGUAAAUGCUAUAAGUCAUGGCUGGAGUUUUUAGAAGAGAAAAAACUGAUUUAUUUUUGAAAACCACAUUGUUUAAAUCCUGCUACAUAUAGGAGUUUCUAGCAGGAAAUUUUCAAGUUACUUUGAUUGCCUUAUCAGAAUUGGCUCAUAUUGAUUUUGCUGGUUUGUGUGUCCUGAAAUUAUUUAGUUCUUAAUGGUGUAAUUGAAUAGUUCAUUUAUUUACAGUUUUGUACUUUUUGCUUGAAUGGGUUAUUUUCUUUUUACAUUAAAUAAUAAAUUCUCAUUGUUAUAAUCCAUGACUAGCUUUAAGGAAUAUUAUUAAUAUCUUUCUCUAAUAAAAGCUCAUACCAAAAUUAA